AUGGAAGCGACGCGACAGGCAAUGCACCCUCAACGGAAGCGCAGGUUCUUUACGGAUCUAGCGCGACUGCUGGACGAGACACCGCCAGCUAUUCGGCCACUGCGUUCGGCUUUCUUUGGUCCCGAGCUGCCUACUGAAGACCGCGUGAACCACAGUGCGUGUUCUCGCUCAGAAGCGACGCCAGCGCACGUUGUUCCGCCUCACGCGCUCACCAGCGACUCGUUUGAGUCUGUUCAAUUCGGUGCGCCGUGUACGAACCCCAGUGCGAUCAGUAGUUGUGGAGCGAGUGAACAGUGGCCGCGUCAUGACACUAUGGCGGACAGCUCGCUCUUCUUGCCCGGGAACAACAGUACUGGAAGCAGUGAAAAAUUGUUGGAGCAGCGCUUGCGUCCCGAACUACCGCUGGAAAACAAGUGCAGAGGUUCUGGUCACGAUGGAACACAAGAGGAAGUGUUACCAGUGACGAUUCUGGCCAACGUACGACUCGGGUCAGACAAACCUUCAGCUAGGAAGCGUCUGGAGCUCGUGGAUUACUAUGAUGCUGACCGAAUGUGUGAGCUUACACCGUGCUGGCUGCGAGGCGGUACGAAAAGCUGCGAGGUUCAUGCAAAAGAGAUUCGUCGACCAAUGCUACUGUUCUGUCUACAAGCACUAGAUGAGUUUGUUGCUUAUAAUGCUUGGCAAGACCAACAGCGCUGGCGGGUACAAGCGUGUAAACUAGCUCGGAGAGUUUUGGCUGCGACGUGGGAAGAAGGCGUACUGGACGUGGCGCUAUCGGCUAGAGAUGUGGUUGUGGAAGACUGUGUCGCGAAAAAGAUGGCUAUACCUGGAGUUGCGCACGACGUCUGGUGUAUAAUCGCUCGUUACUGGGGCAGGUACAAGCACAUGUAUCUUCAUGAACCACAGCUGUGCUUGAGCGAUGCGCGCGAGCGUGAAGUUUCGCACGCAGCUUCCACGUGGGACCGCGUGCGUGCUGCGCUGCACAUCUUUGGGAUGAAACCCAAUCAGGCACUACGACUAGUGGAUCAACGUGAUGGCGUUCGUGCCGAUCUUUCUAGCAUUUCGGACAGCCAGCUCCAAGCAGCCGCGCACGAUCUUUCGUGCAUUGAACACUUGCGCGUUGGUAUACGGUAUUUACAAUGCACGGAUGCUACACCUUCGCUUGGUUCUGCGCCAACAGUUCGACGACCCGUGAUCGAUCAGCAAGACGCAAAAACGGCGUUUCGUGCCAUCCUGAUUCACCUGAAAAAGUGGAACGAAAAUGUACAGGUGUUUCCGUGUGGAUCCUUUUCUCGCGGCGCCGCGUUUGUGUCCGUUCUCGAUGUGCUAGUUGCCAUGCCAUCUCCAAGCAACGAUUCGCCGGAUCCAAGUACGCACAAUGAUGGACGGAUGCUUGCGGCUGUAGUUGCAGCUUUGACAACAGCACGUGUGAUCCAAGCAGGGACGAUCCACCAGCUUACAAGCACUCGUGCGGCCUGCAUCCUUUCAUUUAAGAGCAGCUUGAUUCUACUGGACUUGAAAGUGUACUGCCCGCCGAAAAGCUGGUUUGCGCUGCUGUAUUUCACAGGAUCCGAAGAGUUUGUGGUAGCGUUUUUUGCGGACCUGCUGAAGAGAUCACUGCGUGACCUUCACAACACUUGCUUUGAGAGCAUUUAUUCGAGCGUGAUGGAGGCAAUCGACCACAAAACACUUCUUGCCAUCGCGUCCGAGAAAGAUGUCUUCGAUUUGACGAAUCGACAUUAUUUACAACCAGCAGACCGGAUAUAA